AUGGAGCUGAGUACCCCGUCGCGCCUGUUUGCUGGAUGGGGCAGUGCGUCUCUGCAUCUCCAACAAGGGCCAGGGGCCCGAAGACAUGCAGACAGGCGAGAGGCCUGGACGCCUUGGAAGCCUGGCAUCCAAAGCGCGUUCGCUGCCGCGUGCCUUGGCCUUCCGCUUCGGCGCUCGGGAUGUGCCUUGGCCCUUCGGCGUCGGACUGCUGCGAGGGCGGCGCCUCUGCUGGUGCUCGAUGAUGCUUCUCUCAAGUUAAAAGUGAUCCUGCUGGAGCGUGGAGCUUCUGGACGGGACUCCGAUGUGCUCGUGGGUGAGGUGGGCGACGACAAUACGGACGACUGGAAGCCGGUGCGGCUUCAGGCUACGGAUGAAGGCAAGUGGGAGGACGCUGAAGCCGAGGUGUCCUUGACCAUGUCAGACUCAGAGCUCUUCGCGUCUCUGUGUCCAGCACGGGAGCCUGCGACAGACUUUGGCAUGAUGGCACCGAGCUGGCCCCGAGUCAUCAGCAGCAGCCUCGGGCCCUGGCCUCUGAAAGGCCCCGGCUACGUCCUCUUCGAUGCCCAGCGCCUGGGCGAGGUGGCGGAGCGGCUCAGCGAAGGCCGGGGCCCGGUCGUUCUUCCAGGAGGAGCCGAACUCCUGGACUUGCCAAGCACUGUGAUGGUACAGGACUUGUUCCCCUGCCUGAUGGGAUCUUCCCUGUCGGACGUUUUCGGCGCAGAGUUAGACUCCCCGCAGUUGACGUACGAGGACCUGCUGCAGGUAUGUCCUUUGGGAGGAACUGGUGCCGUUGACCUGACUCGAGUAACGCGAGUGGCUGAUGGUCGAGUGGUUGACCUGGGCGAGCAGCCCUUCAACAUGCAGUAUAUGUCGCGGCGUUGGUCAAGGGGAGCUGUCAUCAAGGCCGUGGGGAAAAAUGGCGUGGCCGAGAGGGCAGGUAUCAAGGUUGGCGACAUCAUCGUCACCAUCAAUGGCGAGGCCGUGCUGAACGCCACACUGGAAAGGGUCGAGGAGCUGCUUGCGGCCGACCUCCCGGUCCGUUUGGAGGUCGCGCAGCCCGUGCUGGAGGAACCGCUCUACAUCCGAGAGGCCUCCACCGAGCUGCUCACCCGACUCGCCGAUGACGCCUCCGAGAAAGCGGCGGCAGAGUUGCUGCCCAAGGUGUCAGAGCUGAUGGAUGGCUUCCGCAUGAACGAUGCUCUGCCGCAGGUCUUUGCUGGAGACGGAGGUUCUGCCUCGCACGUCCACAUGGACCUGGUUCCCAUGGUCCAAAUGUGCCAUGUCGUGCAUGGCAUCAAGAUCUUCGGCGUUGAUGCCACGUGCGGCGACGAGGUGAAACCGUGGGUCACGAGAUUUCGUGGGCCAUCGGCCGACGCCGAGGUUGCCUUGCACGUGGAUCAGCCCAUAGAGCAGGAGCAUGCCGAGUGGCUGGCCAGUCGCGGGGUCAGCAUCGCCGUCUGCGGCCCCGGAGAUGUCAUGCUCUUCUGGGGAGGCAACCCGCACUUUGGAGCCAACGGCCUGGGUGCCGGGCCAUGCGUGAAGAAGGACUAUGUCGCUGGCUUCAAGCGUUCCAGCCUCUAUGCCAUGGACUGGGCAGGUGACAAGCUCCUAGUCGCCGCAAAGGACGGCCCGGGCAUCCGGCUGCAGGACGUCGAGAGAGGCGAGGAGGAGAGGAGCUGGCCGGGAGAGCUCGGGUGGAUGAGCAUCCGCACGGAUCCCAACGACCCCCGCAUAGCUGCCGCCGUUGCCUGGAAUGGCAAGUUCAAGAUCUUCGACACCAGAUCUUCAAGUAGCUCCGUGUUCGACGUGGACCUGAAAAAGACGGCCCCAAAUAUGCGGGACUUUCUGCAUCUCUGCUGGUCGCCUGACUCCAAGAACAUAGCUCUGAGCAAUCGCAAUGACCAGAUUUACCUUCUGAACCUGAAGACUCCGAAGGGUGACAACUGCCUGAAGCUAGGCUCGUCGAAGAGUCUUAACGUGGAGGUGAACCAGAUGGCAUAUACGCCGAGCGGAGAUAGUUUGUGGGUGGCAGCUGGCGGAACACCAGGCAAAAUCCACAUCUUUCCCUCGCACACGCUCCAAAGCUGCGAGGAUCAGGUCAUUGCGCACAACUGGACUGCCAUCUCAAUGGCCUGCGAUCCCACAGGCCACUACAUGUGCACAGGUGGAGCAGAUGGUCUCAUCUGCGUUUGGGAACACAGGCAGCCGCUGUGCCUCAGGUGCUUCCUUCAUCCGGGGCAGGUCAUUACGAAUGUGGACUUCAACUACAAUGGCUCGCUGAUUGCAUGGGGUACUGGGGCAGGUGAGAGGAGUCUCACCUUGAUGGGUUCCAACACGGCCAUUCCGUACUACCAGGACCUCACCCCUGCGACAGUGACCUUUUUGAGGUGGCAUUCGUCGAAGAAUGUCCUUGCCUACAGCCUGAACGCGAGUCAGAUGCCCGAAGAUCGACCACACAGAGAUCGCCGUGGCUACAACAAAGAUACUCCCAUUAUCCAGCUUCUGAAGGAAUUCAGCAACGUUGAGUUCGUGGUUGUCGAUGUUGACAAAUCCGAGGAGAUCGCUGAUUCUGCCAGUAUCGAUGCAGUUCCAACAUUCUUGGUUUUCAAAGGGGAUGCGCAGGUGGGCGAGCUUGUAGGUGCAGAUGAAGUCAAGCUGAAGGAGUUGAUUCAACAGCAAAAGUGA